UGUGUGUAUGUGUGUGUGUGUGUGUGGAUUCUCCUCAUCGCAAACCAGAUGAUUUUAUCAGAGAGAGAAACAACUCUGCGGCAAUUUCAAGUUUGGACCCUCUGACACAGACAAACAGAGCUAAAGAGCACCACCUGCUGGUGCAGAAGAAAACAUAUCUAGAGUCGGAGUGAAAGAAACCUAAGACUUUGUUGGAAUAUUAUCUUCACAUAAUCUUUCUUGUUCAUACCAGGGGCCAAACUUCAAAAGCCCAGGUGUCAAAAACAUGGCAGUAAAAAUGACUUUAUAGCCACAGACUGCAAACAAGGCACAACAAAAGCUACACUAAGCAUGGAAGCUUCCAGUUCUGCUCAUGCAGGGACUGUACCCACCACAGCCCUACCCACAGGCUUCUCAACCCCCUCCUCUCCCAGCUACCUGCAGUUCUUCUGGGAGUACCAGGACAAUGCUGUCAUUGUGGAGCAUUACAACUACACAGGCAAGCUGCAGGGGGACCGCUACCGAGAGGGGCUCAAACCGGAGGGAAUUGCCUUCUUGGUGGUGUGUGUCCUCAUUGUCCUGGAGAAUGCUGUGGUUCUCCUUGCCAUCUGGAGGAAUAAGAAAUUCCACCUGCCCAUGUAUUACUUACUGGGAAACCUGACCCUGUCUGACCUGCUGGCUGGGAUUACCUACAUGGCCAACAUCAUCAUGUCAGGACCAAACACUUUGAAACUGACUCCAUUGCUGUGGUUCCUCAGGGAGGGAGGGGUCUUUAUUACACUGGCCGCUUCUGUCAUCAGUCUGUUGGCCAUUGCCAUUGAACGCCAUGUCACUAUGGUCACUAUGAGACCGUACCAUGGGGCAAAGCGUGGACGGAUGUUGGCACUGAUUGGUGCAAGUUGGGCCAUGGCGGUGUUUUUGGGGGUCCUACCAAUUCUGGGAUGGAACUGCAUCCGCAGACUGGACCAGUGUUCAACAGUCCUCCCACUUUACGCCAAGAGCUACAUCCUCUGCUGCGUAUCUGUGUUCAGUGCAGUGCUGUUAGCCAUAGUCGUCCUUUAUGCCCGAGUUUUCCGCAUAGUUCGAGCAAAUACACAGCGCCAGCGGCUGGGCCUGUCAGGAAGUCUGAGGAAGGGCUUGGCCAGAAAGUCUCAGAAGUAUAUAGCCCUCCUCAAGACAGUCACCAUUGUCCUGGGUGUCUUCAUUGCCUGCUGGUUGCCACUCUUCCUCCUGCUCCUCCUGGAUUUUUUCUGCCCUACUCGCAGCUGCCGCCUACUCUACAAGGCCGAUUACUUCCUGGGAGUAGCCAUGGUCAACUCGCUGCUCAACCCCAUCAUCUACACUCUCACCAGUAAGGACAUGAGGAGAGCCAUUCUUCGGCUGCUGUGUCGACCAUGUUUGAUGACUAGAGAUGGCCAAGUGAAGAAGCUUGGGAUGCCGUUCCUGGAGUGCAGUUUCAGCAAGACAGAGGUGGCCUCACAGAAGCUAGAGGGGGGCCUGGAGACCACUAUCUCCUCUGGGAACAUCAUCACCACCCCCUCUCCCAUCAAGGCACUCUACCCCAAACUCUUCAAGUCCUAAGGACUUAAUCAGACAUGUUGUACGAUGGAGUCAGUGCAUGGAUGAUUGAGGUUCACAUUAAACAGAGGACAAUACAUGCUUUUAGAAAGUUUUCUGUGAAAUGAAACCAAUUCUGGCAUUCUCAUAUUUGUGUAGCCAGAUGGACAAAAAAAGUGUGUGAAAUGUUAUAAAGGCCCCAAUACAGCAAAGGGUCACCCUGUUUAGACAAAUGUCUCACUUUGAUAAGUCAGGAGUGGUGCACGUACCGCAAUGUAACUAUCAAAGAACUUCAUUGUGGGAAGCGUUACAAAACAGUGAGCCAAGAGGAUGACGCUCUAAUGUGAAAAGGCAACUUUCUCACGUUGAUGUAAAGCUCUCCCUUAACAAAUGUGCACUGAAAUAACCCGGUGAAUGGAAAAGCUUCCUGUGGUUCUCUAGUUUGUGUCAAAGCUUAGACGGACACUGUUCUGUAAACCCAAAGACUCUCAUGAUCGAAUUAGUGUAAAUGUAACCUAACAUAAACUCGCUGGGAUGUUAUGGUGAAUGAGCGCUGCUCCCUUCACCCUUCCUCACUGUUUCCUAUGAAAAUGCCAAGAAAACAAUAAGAACGUGUAGCCUAAUUGUGGACAUCUGGAUUUCGCUGGCUCGAAGGCCCAAGGUGUGCCACACUUGUUAUAAUAGCCUGUGUUAUACUAGCACCACCACACAUUGUAUCUGUGCACAUGGGGCAGGGACAGUUAGCAGUAAAAGAGAAAGAACAGGAAAGAGAAAGGUGGCGGUUGUUGUUGCUUUACACACAAACACAGGGACUUUCAUUUGAUGCAGAAUACUGUGGUGUAGUGGGAGGGAGAAGCAAAAGUGAAAUCCCCCUCUGUUUUGAAAUGACAAAUGGUUAACCAAACUGAUUUUCAGUAAAAGGCAAAGGGUUGGUGUCGGUAGUGUCAGAUUUUGUGUGCAUUAAGACCACUACAAUAACAGCAAGAAUGUAAUGAUAUAAUGUGACAGACUUGACAGACCUAUCCAACAAGUCAACUGUUCUUCAUCAGUAUAACACGUUGAUGCUUUUGUGACAUGUAGCUUUGACUGAAACUAAAUCAUCUGCACUUGAUUCUCUUCUAUGGCAAGAUUUGGUUACGUUCAUUUAUAUAGCAAUCUGCAAAUAAGGUUGUGGAAAUGAUGAAUCAUCAUCCAGCUGCAACAGUGGUUUUAAAGACAGGAAUGUGCCUGUCCUUGAAAGCUAAACCUUAAGUGACAUCAAGGCACAUUCAUCACGGUGCAGUUAUUCCAACGCUUCCCUUAACUAUCCAUCACGGUGUUAGAAAGGCAAGGCCCUGAAUUCAUAGUUUUAAUGAAAGUAGUUUGACAUCUGUCAUUUCAAAAGAAUGUUUUCUGUACAAUCUAUCUGGGCCUUCAUUGAUGAAUGAGGUGAUAUGCUAUUUUGUACUGUAAGCCAUGUAUUGAACUGUGUAUUUUUGUAUCUCUAAAGACUUUCCUAUCAUCUGUAUUGUAAAUUAUAUGUAUUUUAUAUCAAGAAAAUGCUCUCCAACUUCACCUCUCACUUCAUAAAAGCAAUA